AAAGGUUGGAAUCACUUGUCUUUUGAACAAGAUGCUGGAAUCCCGACUUGUGAUUGUACAUUUUAUCUUUGCUGUUAUCCUGAUGCCGUGGAGUGCUGGAACACCUCUGCUGGUUGAUGCAGAACCAGAGUCAUUUGACUCCAUAGCUGAAGCUAUGCAGUCACACUCAGCAUCUAGUGAAGAGAAAUCAUCUACAGACCUGGAGACAAAACUGUUGUUUCUUGAUGAAUUAGUGUCCCUGGAAAAUGAUGUGAUCGAGACCAAGAAGAAAAGGAGUUUCCCUGGCUUUGGGUCUCCCUUGGAUAGACUUUCUGCUGGAUCUGUAGACAUGAAAGGCAAACAAAGGAAAGUAGUACAGCUUCCCAAAAGACGAUUUGGUGUUCCCGUAGAUCGGAUUGGCACAAACCGUCUUGCUAACACCAGGGGUUAACAGAAUCCAUAUGUGCAACCUCCCAGAAUGAAAUGUCACAGAAACAUUGGAAGGGGC